AAAAAAAAAAAAAAACAUGGUCAGAAAAAAGUUGUAAAUUGCAAAUUCAAUAACUUGUGCACCGAAUGGAAAUUGCAAAUUCUGACUAGUAUCAAUGUGGUUUGAUUCAAAAAUGUGUUAUCAGGUUGGGUUUUGUUAGUUGUGUGGUCUAAGUUUGUUUGUUGACUUCCAUUGCAGCUAUUGACUCCACUAACGAUUCAAAGUUUAUGAGUCAACUUAAUUUUUCAAAGCCAUUUGCAUAAUUUUCCUUAGACCAUCUCUUUCAAUUAAGAAUGUAUGGCAAAUUCAUUGAACCUGUCAAAUUUGCCAAGAGAACCUACACGGUAUUUGAUGGGGAAAACGCCUUUUCAACCUCAACUAUUUGCCGUCGUGUUGAAAUCGGCUCAUUUGCAUUAGUUCAGGUUUCGAUUUUGAAUUAUUUUUGAGUUUAGGUUGAAAUCGACUGGGGAUCAUAGUUUGGGUUGGAAAAACCCGUCAGCAAAUAGUUGAGGUUGAAAAAUGCUAUUUUCCCGUAUUUGAUGCCCAAACAAUAACUUCUUGAUUCUAAUAUCUAAACACAUUUUCUGAUCUUGAGAGAAUGAAACUCAAGACUUUAUUUUUACCAAUCUUCUUGUUUUUCCUCAUAACCUUAGAUUCUGUUUCUGCACAAACUUGCUUUAAUGGAUACUUUAAACCCAAUGGUACUUACGACUUAAACCGUCGUCGGAUCCUAUCUUCUCUUGCUUCUAAUGUCUAAGCUAACAACGGCUUCUACAGCUCCUCCAUCGGCCAAAAUCCAGACCAAAUGUUCAUCAUUGGCAUGUGUAUCCCUGGAACUAAACCAGAGAGAUGUUCAGAUUGCAUCAAAGGCUCAUCAGACGGCUUGUUACGAAGCUGUCCUAACCAAACAGUUGGUUAUGUAUGGCCAGAUUGUUGUAUGGUACGUUAUUCCAACAUUUCCUUCUCUGGAUCAUUCAUUAUGGAACCGUCUCAACCUAUGUCCGAUCCCGCACCUAUCGGUGUUGAUUUGAAAUUGUUUGAUAGAAUCUGGGACGACUUAAUGUCCCGUACGAUAGCUGCAGCUUCGAGGACUCAUGGAUCAUCAUCAUUUGGGCAUAAAUACUAUACAGCUGAGGUUGCUUCAUUGACAGCUUUCCAAACUAUAUAUGCAAUGGUGCAAUGUACACCGGAUGUUUCUUCAGGGGACUGUGAGUUUUGUCUGAACAAAACUGUUGUUGAUUAUAAGAAAUGUUGUCGCGGUCACAUUGGCGGUGCUUUUGUAAGACCAUUUUGCUUUAUCCGGUGGGAUUUGUAUCCUUUUGCUGGAGCUUUUGAACAUCGUACAUUGCCAUCGCCUCCACCACCGCUUUCUUUGACUCCUCCGGUAAGCAAUUGAUGGGCUGCGACAAUCACACGAGUCAAGAUACCAUAUUAAACCUUUUACAAAAUAAUUGUGCUUAAAUCUUUUACGAAUCUUCGAUUUGGCUUCUGCAACUCGCCGAUUAGCUUCGCCAAUCAUGCUCGAUGCUGAUACUUGUGGAGAUGAUGAGAUUGGUGAAUAAACCCCUCCGAUUUGUCACCGUUUGCCUCCGAUUUCAUAUUCGGCGACUAACAAAAAUGAACAAAACGAAGUAUCGAAAAAGAGAGAGAGAAAGACGUGAAAUUAUUUUUUUCCGUUUCAUAUACAAUAUGUAUUCGACCAACCAGAA